CUUAAUAUUUUGUUUACUAUUUUGAAAUCUAACAAUAUAUAUUUUUUCAGUUACGUACGAUGUAACGUGUUCAGCAAAACUGAUGAAAGUUAUCAUUAUGGUCGGAAACAAUCAGUCAAGUGUGUUUGUUGAAAACCUCAGAGGAUUUAAAGGAUGUGUACCGAAAACCGUGAAAGGAAAAGCCAUAGUUAAAUUGCCAUUAGACAACUUCCAUGAAUGUGGAACUACAAGAAUGACAAACAAAUAUACAGGACAAACUAUGUACUAUAACCGUAUCAUCAUCGACCAACAAAACAAAUCGAGAGAAGUCUUGCUCGUAAAGUGCGUUCUGCCAGGAGACAAAACGAAGCCAGCUGAAUGGGAGAAAAGGCCCAAGAGAAAUGUUCUUCCACCCGGAUUUUAUGAAUACGAUCUCCUGAAUAUAACAAAUAUUGUGGCUCACGCUCCUACCCCGUACUUGAACUUGGCGAUCAGGCAGAAUGGUCGAUUUUUGGACACAGCUUCAAAUGUUCAACCUGGAACACCACUGGAGAUGGUCAUAUUCUUAGACGAAAAGAGCGCCUCCACGUAUGGUCUUCUAGCAAGCUACCUGAAAGUAACCGAUGGAACUGUAGAACAUGAUGAAAUAAUCGUCAUGAACGGAUGUUCAAUAGACCCCUAUAUAUUUGGUAACUUUGAAACUCCUGACGGUGGAAAGACUUUAUACUCAAAAUUUAGAGCUUUCAAGUUUCCUGACACGAAUUACGUCUUGUUCGUCGGAACAGUCAACGUAUGUCUGAAAGAGUGCAGUGGGGUGCCAUGCGGGAAUAAUCAGUUAGGUUACGGCAGGAAGAAGCGAGAGAUACCCGCAGAGAUGCCUUUUGAUCCAAACAAGUUGUACGAGGUUGAAAUGACCACUGUUUUGAAAGUAGAAUUUGCUCCCGACCAUUUCAAACCGAAAAGAGGUUCAGUUGAAGGUACUUUUGAUGGUUUUCAGACCAAUGAAAUGAUGGCAUAUAAGCAAGUAAGUGCUGCCAGUGCAGUUUACUCCGCACACAUCAUUGGACUGCUGUCGACGCUGUUAUUGUUCUCCAUUCCGCGUUAAUAAAGAGUUGUGAAGUGAUUCAGCAUUCCUGGAUAGCUCAUGAAACCUUUAUGUAGGUUUCAAUGACGGAAUGAAAAACAAAGAUUGUUACUGCAUAUUAGUGUUAUUGCAUUAACUACCAAGAAGCAAGUUUAAACGCUUAAAUAACUAAUAUACUUACAUGAGCUGUACACUCAACACCAGUGUGAAUAUUUAACGCGAAAUCAAUGUGCUACGAAAACUGAACACUAUGAUAAAAGAAAACUAAUUUGUGAUUAGCGACAGUGAAGAAAUUUUUACUCGCUGUUAUUUUUUAACCCAGAACUGGAAGAAAAUAAAAGAACUAACCAAUUACGUCGAUCAGUCCAUCCAAACCAACGUCUGACAGGGAAGGAGACGGGCGUGUUCAAAGUUAUUCUGAGACAGUUAUUUCUGUGCUUGUCCUAUGUCACUCAUACAGUGUUUUGAGCAUUUUUUGUGUCUUCUUCGAGAUAAAUGAGUAACUUCACGCUGCAUAAAGAGUUCCUUUUUGAUUAAUGCUGUGUUUUGUAAUUAGAGGAAUUCGUCUGGUGAGAAAUAUAAAAACAUGUAUUACGUUUACACGCGCUUCAUAAAUAUCAACUUGCCAAUGCUGAUUCUGCAGCACAUUAUCGAAAAAAUAACCCAAAUCUUCAUAUCAUAUAAAAGCACCUCUACAUUACACAGCUUUCUUUGUGUGCUCAAGAUCAGUGCAAAUUAAUAAAAAGGUAAAAAACAACAGAAAAA